UCGUCUCGCUGUUUGCCAGUGCUAAAGAUCCAUGAGUGUUGUGUUAUUGCAGUGUGCGUUCAGCCGUUUAGAAAAGCCGCAGUGGGUGUAUCGUGUGCCGAUGGCCCAAUCAACGUAACAAACUAAUUCAAUUGAUGCACCUCCGCGGGUCAGUGAGGCUCUUAUUUGCUAGCGUAGAGGCAUUGAACGCAAUUCGUAGCAGCGCUCGAUAUAUUAGCAAAGCUCAAUUUUCCAACUCAAGCACGUCUUCUUACAAAUUUACCCGCACGCUUCUCUGCUCAAGAAUGUCGCAGGAGCACUCAUCUCUGUUUCAGGGUACCUUGGACAGGUACCACGGCAUUACAAUCGACUCCACCAAAGAGCCGUGCGCAGGACCGGAAUCAUUCACCGAAAAAUUACAAGCCUCUCUCAAGUUGUGGAUAGAAAAAGGUGAAAUUCGAGGAGUGUGGUUCAAAGUUGCCCUGAAGGACGCUGAAUGGGUGCCUGUGUUAGCGAAGAAUGAGUUUUGGUUUCACCACUCAAAACCAGAAUGUGUGAUGAUGUGUCGUUGGCUGCCAAAGAAAGAACCGUGCAACAUUCCCACUUACGCUCACACCAUGGUAGGGGUUGGAGGACUGGUGGUCGACUCAAAAAAUCGACUUCUGGUUGUUAAGGAACGCUUCUGGAAGACGCCGACCUGGAAGCUGCCUGGAGGGUUUUUGGAGUCGGGUGAAGACCUGGGCAGUGCGGCAAUAAGAGAAGUUUUCGAGGAGACUGGCAUUUUGACCGAAUUUAACUCCAUUGUUGCCUUAAGACAUCACCACGCGUCGCAAUUUGGUUGCUCAGACAUUUACACAAUCGUUCACUUGACGCCUUUGGUCGAGGACCAGCCGAUUCAGCAGUGCAAUCGGGAAAUUGUAGAGUGCUGCUGGAUGGAUGUUGAGGAGUUCCUUGAACAUCCUGAGGCUCACGACCACAAUCGUUUUUUCGUCCGCAAGUACCUGGAAAAUGAUAGAAGAGGCACGGCUAUGACUGCUUCCAAAUCAAAGCACCCCACUUUCAAGAACACUCAGACUAUUUACACCAUAAACUGUGAAUCAUCCGUGUGAUCAGAUUUUUGUAUCAUCAAUUUAAAAAAAAAAUGUUUCGUCUAUUCCAUAUCACAAUAAAUCUGCUGUAGAAAUUCUUAACUUUA